AUGCCUCGGUCAUCCAGCAUGACGAGCGACGGCCACGAGAGGCUGGAGCCGCGUCUGCUGCGGGCCGCAGAGCACGACGACGUCGACUCGCUACGAAAAGUCAUCGGCCUCGCCAGGGAAUAUGGGCACUUCAAUGACAAUUUCCUGCGGAUUGCAGUGAUGCGCAGUGCCGAGCGAGGCUGCAUCGCCGCGACGGAAUUCCUCCUACAAUGCGGUGCCAAAACCGACGUCGCGGGUAACCGUCUUUCGCCGCUCCUCCGCGCCGUCGAGCGUGACCAUUACCAGAUCGUGCGACUGCUUCUCGACCAUGGCGCUUCGUCCGAUAGCACGGACAAAGAGGGGCGCACGGCGCUGAUGACGGCUGCUUGGAAGAACCAUGCAGAUGUGCUGCAGCUGUUGAUUAUGCGAGGCGCGAAUGUGAAUGCGCGCGACCACCGUAAGCGCAACGUCUUGCACAAUCUGGCGGCGGAUAAAGAGCAAAAAUGGGGCUGGAACAAUGAGAUUAUUUCGCUCUUGUUGCGCACUGAUUGUCUGAUUGAUGGCGUGGACGGCCGGGAUGAACUGGGUCGGACGCCGUUGCAUUGGGCUUGCGCGACGGGUAAUUGGGGUCUUGCGAAGUUACUCCUGACAAGACCCGAUGGUCCCAAAGCCGAGAUUGAUGCGACCGAGCUACGAGGGAAGACUGCUCUGCAUGUUGCGACUGCGCAUGACCGUGCGGAUAUCGUGCAACUGCUCUUGCAACAUGAGGCGGCCGUCAACGCCUGUAGUGAUGGUGGAUGGACACCGCUUCAUAAUGCUUGUGAUAAGGGCUGCGUGGAAAUAGUGCGAAUUCUCUUGCGUGAGAAGGCACAUAUCAAUAGCCAGCUUCUGAAUGGAGUGACGCCGCUUCAUCUUGCGGCGCAAGGCGGUCAUCGCGAAGUUGUAGAAUGUCUGCUAGAACGGCCGGACUUGAAAAGGCGGGCUCGCGAUACCUUUGGCAGUACGCCAUUUCUGCGUGCAGCGCAGUUCAAGAGGAAAGAUAUUGUUCUUCUCUUGGCGCCGUUUAAUAAUGUCGAGUCCCUCUCGGAGGAUGUGCGAGAUGCGAGCGCCGCAUUUGAUGCGACAGUUGUCGACUUUGGAAAUUUCCACAAUGAGAAUCGUGUCAAGCGCAUGUCGGUGUAUAAUUUACUCUAUGGACGAGAUCCCGAAAACCCGCGCAAGCAAGCAGUGACGACCAUACCGGCUGAUAGUCGAGCGACGGAUUUCCGUUGGAUUCAUCUGCCAGCAAACAAUAUGGCUUGGGUUGAGGCUCUACUGACGAAAAGCUUCAUCGAGGAGGGUGCGCACGAUGUGGAUGGUUUCAAGGGACUGGAGAAGUCUUUUAACUAUCAACAUCGCGGUCAGAAGAUCCACUCGCACUUCAUGCGGCCGUUGUGUCAUAACACACCUCGUGCCAUGUUCCGUCGGAAAGAAGAAGAAAAGCAAGAUGAACACUCUGAUGCUGGGCAGUCGAGCAUUGCAGACAACAGCUCUAUUCUCCGAAAGCAGAAAGCGUCAAAUAGCAAAUCCGAUCGUUCUGAUUCCUAUCAAGAUGAGGCUACCGCAGGCAAGAAAACCAAGAAGAACAAAAGCAGCAAGACGAACAGCAACCCCGGUACUCCCAAGACCGAAUCAAAAAGCAAGUCGCCGUGGGGGCUGAGCGAUAAACAAACGCGCUCAUCUCUCGCCACAUCAUCACUAUGCAGAGACCACGGUUCCAUCCCUGGCUGUAAUGUUAACGUUUUCAUGCCAUAUUUGCACUUCGAGACCGCGGAACGGCGAGAACGAAUGCUCGAAGCUAUUCAGCGUGCGCAGCUGCUGAACCUUCAACCACGCGCGUUGAGAAAGACUCGGACCCGUGAUGAAAUGCUAAUCGAUGCGCAUAUCUCAUCAUCGACAACUUCUCUCCAUGUCCGUCGAACACUGGACCAAUUCUUCUAUCCAAACAUCGAUACCCACAGUCGUGAUCAAGACCAAGUGGUAUACCGAUAUCAAACCAAAGGGCCUGGCCGAGAAGGCCCGGAGACGGAUCCGAAAAUCUUCAUGGUUGAUCAGCUGUGGAUGUGGGUUUUGGGAACGAAUUUGAUUGUUACCAGCUUUCCCCAGAGAUGGGACCAGCCAAAGAAUGACCCGUUGAACGUACUGGAUGGGAUCAUUGAAGACAUUAAUUCCAAGACCCGCGAACCGGUCAAAUCGGUGUACGACCUUGCCAUAACAAUUACCAACCGAUGCUCUGGAGUAUUCGACCGCCAUCGCCUAGGAGACGACGAGUAUCAAUUCUUGGACAUGUUUGAAUCUUCCAUUGGUAUAGCCACCGACAAAGAGACUCUUCUUUUCAACCGCUUCAAUCAUGCCUCAGCACAAGCAUCCUACUGGCUGAAAAGCCAUCGCAAGCUAAACCCUUUCGCCGAAAAAUCGGCUGACAGGUUCCAGGAAGACGACGAAGAUUGCAUCGACGAGGACUACUACGAUGACGGUCAGCCACUUUUUGUUGACAGACUGUUAGAUAUCGGCGAAGAGACCGACCUUCUAGCAGAGACCAAAGAUAUCCGCGAUGAGCUGAACAUGAUCCGCACUGUUCUGGAGCACCAAAAGCAUGUCUUAUCAGACUUCCAGGAAGUCAUCUGCGAGAUAUACCAGGGACAACACCGCUCUCAACAAGAUGUGAAAAAACGAUUCAAAGAUCAGCAACGCCUGAUUGACAUGCACCUCAAAGACCUCGAUCGCAUGGAUAAACAAGCCGAGCGUAUUUACCAUUCCAUCACCGACCUCCUAGACCUGAAGCAGAAACAUGCCAACGCAUUCGAAGCCCGCUUCGCCCGCGAUCAAGCCGCCGGCACGACCCGCCAGAGCAAAACGAUCAUGGUCUUCACAAUCGUCACCAUCAUCUUCUUGCCACUGUCAUUCAUCGCGUCCAUCUUCACAAUCAACCUAAAGCAAUUCGAAGAUCUGAAUCUCAACUACGUCGCGAAAUACACAUUUGGAAUUGGCUUCGCCAUUUCCAUCCCGCUGAUCUGGGUUGCACUCACUGUCGAUGAUAUCGGAGACUACCUUCGCAUGGGAACCAAGCACGGCUGGAAUUGGCUCUCUCUUCGCAAAAAGAAGCCGAAACCUGCGGUUGAUCGGGCCGAUGGGCAACUGCAGGCGCUGGAAAUUGAAAAGAUUCUCAGUAUUGCGCGGACCCGUCGGAGUGGGGAGCUUGAUUAUGCGCCUAGCUUGUUGCCUGUUUCGACGCGUGGGACUAGUGCCUCCAGACGACCGGAUAUCUAUACCGGAAUGGCGGAUGGGGCUAUUCGGAAAAGCUUUGAUGUACGGAGGAGUGUGGAUUACAGACCCUAUAUAUGA